UUAAAUUUUAUUAGUACGAAUUAGGCUUUUGGGCGUUCGUAAAAUGCUUAUGAAAAAGUUUUGAUCUCGCUUUGCGCAGUUGCGCCAUUUCAUAGUUCGUAUAAUGAAGCAAAUGAUCCAUUUCCUCAAGAUACUUGGGUUGCGGUCCUAAACAACGAAGCAGAAUCAUAAUAAUUACCGACCGCACAGAAUACUGUACAUGCACGUAUGGAAUCCAGUUACUCUGAAACCGCGGAAUCUCUCAGCAGUAAGACACAACACUCCAGAAUUCGGCUAUCGAUCUCCAGAGAUGGUAUACUGGCUGCAAAGGCACAUUGUAAUGAUUGCUCUUAUCGCGGCUACGCAUCCCCGUUUUGUUAUUGGAUGUAGUGUGUCGCGGGAUACCAGUCCUCGUGAACUAUCUCCAAUUGAACGAAUGGAAAUGGCCGUUUACGAAGCCGAGCAGAACAUACGAGACGAUGUCAUUAUCCUUCCCGUCGAGACCGCACUGCUAACUAAGUCUGGCCCUCUUCGCCGCCGCAACACUGUCAAAGCCGCAAUUGGUUCUACCGCAAACUUUGCCUGCUCACCGCAAGCACAGGUGGUUGCUGGGAACAGUAUACAUCCUAUUGCGGCAAAAGUCUUCUGGCGCCAUAAAAACAUACUGAUUGGGACCGAUAUUGCGGCUCCUCGACAGGAGGAAGGCUCCUUUUAUUACAGCCACGCCAAGACUGGAAGUUGGAAUUAUUUAUUUAUUCAUAAUAUAACUGCCGAUAGCGCCGGGACCGUGGAAUGUGUUCAAUACUGCCAAAAUGGUGACCCUUCUGAGCUGUGUGUAAUGCAACAAUACUUGCUCCAACCAAAGCUAGGAGCACGCGAUUUAUUUAUCAUCCCUAUGAAGAAUUUGACCAACGUUUUUUGGAGGUACACCAUGACCUGUACGGCCCGUUUUAACUGCAGUAUUACUGGCACUGGACCGCAUUUUAUCUGGAAAAUUAACCGGCAUUUCGUCUAUGUCCCUGCAGACCACUACCUGAACUCGAUAGUAGAUCGCCAAAGCGUACUGCGCGGUCUAGCUGCAGGAAACGUUACAGGCAGCUACUCGGAAUCGUGGGACAAAGAGCAAUACUGCCAGAUGAACUUAUGGGUAGAAAUGCGUAAUACUUAUAGUUAUCCGCCCGCGCGGAUUGAAUGCUGGUUCCGAGUGGACCCGCAAGCUGAAGAAUGGUUUGUUCAACACGCAUACGUACAUUUUGUGCAAUGAAAGUUAAAUUAUGCAUAAACUGCUUGCCGAUUAAGGAGUUGUAUUUGUAUUGCUGGCGUGGUUUAAACUUGAAACAACUCUGCCGCCAAUUAUCGAUCACAGUACUCGUUUUGUUGCAUAAGAUAGCGAUCCUCACAAGUUAGCCCUCAAAGUUUUUCUACGGGAUACCGGCAUGCAAGCGUGCGGUUUGGAAAAUUAAAGCUCAA